AUGGCCUAUAAUCGAGAGAUGAAUUCCCUGAAAGACAUGAAAGACGCCCCCUACCUAUCCCUUCUAAUGCGCCUACACCGAGCCAUUGUGCUUAUCCAGGUAUCAUGGCGCUUUCCGCUUAUAAGCCCGCUGAAGUACCUCUACCUGGUGCCUAUGAUGAUGGGGCACUCCCACAUAAGAGAGCACAGCCGCCAGCAACUGGAGAGACGCAUCCGGCGCCAGGGUGCCGUAGAGCAUCUCGACUUCAUCGAGCAGCUAAUCCCCGAGGACCGCGAACCGCCCAAGGGGAAAGAGCUGCGCCACCUUGAACAGGUGGCAGGCCAGCUGCUGAUUGCGGGAUACGAGCCCCCGUCACUCUGGUUCUACUUCACCAUCUAUCAUCUGGUACAGAACCGGGGUGCCCUGGACAUUUUGACCAGGGAGAUCAGGGACGCCUUCGAGACGUAUGACGGCAUCACAGCCGGGGCAGCGGCGAACUUGCCGUAUCUAACAUGCUGCCUGAAGGAAUCUCUCCGAUUCACGCCGCCGCUUCUGACUGGCAUGCCGGUCAUAAGCCCGGGCGCGACAGUCGAUGGGACGUAUGUUCCGAGAGGUGUCGUCUGUCAAUCCAGCCUCCUCACCUUGGCGCGCAGCCCCAGGAACUUCCACGAACCCCUGCAGUUCCGGCCGGAGCGGUGGAUAACUGCUGACGACAAUCACCCGCUAUCCGACCCCCAAUUCGCGGACGACAACAGGGCAGGGUUCCAGCCGUUCAGCCAGGGCCCGAGAAUCUGUGCGGGCAGGGAGAUUGCCUGGUGGCCGAUUAGGGUAUUCAUUGCCAAGGUCUUGUGGAAGUUUGAUCUGGAGAUUGUGCCUGGGUCAAUCGGUGCUGAGGGCAUUGACGGUGUUUUGAGGGGUUGGGCUAUGUAUGAGAAGCCUGAGGUCCGGCUGUGA